CGGCUGGGCACAGGCCGAGGUUCCUCAGGAACCCGGGACCCCUCCUCCUCCAGACAGCACAAGAGUAUUUCAUCUGUUCUUCAUAGUCAGUGGUACUAUUUUAUAGCAAUAAAACAUGAAAAUACCAGUAGAUUUGACACGAGUGGGAGAGGGUGGGUGGCAGUUUUAUCUCCUUCCCGCCCCGUCUGAGCCCGGAAUCCCCUUUGGAGGGACUGCGACCUGCGAGGCCUCUUCAGCGCUGAGUUUAACCGAGUCCGAGAAUGUCUUUUUUAUAGGUGUUAAGUUUGUUAUAACAUAUCUCAAAAAUGGUUUGAAAAUCUAACAGAAUAGGUAAUAUGGUGUUAACUUCCAAAAGUAUGUUAAGGAAAUACUAGUAGGGAUUUGCCCCUAUAAAGAGCUUUAGUGUUUACUAUGUUGGUCCUCGGAGUGUGUCCUAGGGUCACUUACAGUCUCUUCAUUUGGGAACUUGAUAGAAACUUGGAAUCUCGGAAGGCCUCACAUUAGACCCAGGACAUCAGCCUUCAUGGGCUAACAAGGGCCCCUGUGCUGCUGGUGCACAUGAGGUUUAGAGAAGCCUCAGUCUGCUGUCCUUUUAUGUGUCUUGUCUCCCCUGACCAAUGUAGUGUGAACAUAGGAGAAAGUGAUAGUGACCUUACCACAGGGAGGAAUCAUUUCCCCUGAGGUGAGGGGAAUAGUGGUGGUGACAGUAACUGCCUUUCCUCCGGACCCCACCAUGCACCAGGCACCCUCCAUUGGUAAUUAUAUUCACUUUAUCUUCACCAAGCCUCAUGAAAAGGUAUUAUUAGCUAGUUUCACAGUUGAGGAAAAUGAAGCUCAAGAGGGUAAGUAACUUGCCUAAGAUCACACAACCAAGAAAUGCUGGCUCUGGGACAAUUCCCUGACUUCUGAACCCCCACUGUUUCCAAGUAUUUGAGAACAUACUAGGAUGAGAAAGGGAUUAUAGCAGUUGAUUUCAGCCUUGGCUACAUUGUGGAAUUACCUGGGGAGUAUUUCAAAACACUAAUGUCUACCUGCAGAGAUUCUGAUUUAAUUGGUCUGAGGUCUGGGCCUGGCAUUGGGAUCUCUUUAAACCUCCCUCUGUGAUUUUAAUUUGUAUCCUAAGGUUGAGACCUCUGCUUUACAGACUACCUGAAUGUUUGGCCCUGUUGACAGACCCUCAUCCAUAACAGCUCACCUUCUCUGGUUCAUUUGCUGAGUGAGUGUAUAUUGAGAUUGCUAGAAUCAGGAAUGCUGGAGUUGUGGCAUUAAGACCUGAAACAUCUGAUAUAUUGUUACGUGCAAUGAUCACACUAUUUUAGGGGAAAGACAGAUUAACUAUGGCCAUGCAGAUCUAGCUAAAUGCCUAAAGAUAGAUAGGCAUAUUUUGCAAUCUUUAUGAUGAAUAAUGUUCUCUUAUCAUGAUAAGUUCCUUAGCUUUCUUACUUCACACAUAGCUGGGCCCUUGUCUCCAAACAUCAGAGUCUUGUGUAGGUCUGUAGGUGGGUCUCAGCCCACUUUCUAUGGCUAAAAACAGAUACUAAAGUUCCACUCCAUCAUUUGGUGACAGGAAUUGGCUGUAUGCUUUACAGAAGCAUUAACUUUAAUCCUCACCUUAUCGUAUUUCUUAGGUAAGCAAAUUAAAGUUCAAAAAAGUUAAACAAUUUGCUGGAACUGCAAUUCAACUCAAAAUAAUUCCAAAACAGUCCACUUCUUUAUGAUACUUUCUAAUAUAACAAAGGAUCUAGCUGUGGAGAGCCAACCCCUAGGGAAUAAAGUUAGGGGAACAAAGUUUUACAGAGGUCCUGAUGUGGGCCAGACUCUGAGGUAAGUUCUACGGCUGUAGAAAUAAAGAUGAAGUUAUUUUGUUCAUGGUGCUCACUGUUUGAAGGGUAGAUAAAUGGAUGAGUGCAGUGCUAGUCAAUGGAAAGAAUUUGCAAGCCAUAUAUGCCAGUUAUAUUUCUCCAGUAGCUACAUUUUUAAAGGUAAAAAUAAAUUUUUAUAUUUUAUUAACACAAUAUAUAAAAUUAUUGUUUUAACAUAUAGUCAAUAAAAACUGAUGACACUUUACAUUGUUUUUCUCACAUUUGGCUUAGAAACCUUGCAUCUAUUUUAGGUUAUAAUUCAGUUUAUAUUUCAAAUGUUCUGCAGCUACCUGUGGUAGUAGCUGCCUUACUGGUGAACAUAGCUUUGUAGAAACACACAUGUGGCCCUAUGUGGCUACCAUAUUGGGCAAUACUAUCUAGAAAAACACACGUGUCCAAUGACUGUAACACUGGUCAACAGACCUCUAGAGAAAAACACACAUGACUAGUGCUGCCAUAUUUUAAAUAGAACCAUUUAAAGAAACACGUGAUCUGUGGCUACCAUGUUGAAAAGGACCAUCUAAAAAAACACAUAUGACCAAUGGUUGCCAUAUUGGACAGCACCAUCUGGAGCAAGGAAAGCACAUAGCUGUGUGAAGGGCAGAGAUGAGAGGAGAGUGAUUAUUGCCAACAUUUUUUCCUUUAAAGCCCCACAUUGAGAUACAUGUAUUGCUGUGUGCUUCAGGCUAUCCCCUAUGCACUCAGUGAAAUCAUGCUUCUCAGUGGCCUUCAGUUGUAAAUCUUCUCAUAUAUUAAAGUUUCAGCAAAAUAAUGUAAUUCUAGUUCUUAACAGUAGCGUUUUCCUAGCCUAGCCAAGAGAAGAACUACCUGUGGCUCCAAGGCCUAGUGACUCACUGAUUCCUUCAUUCUGUAAUAAAUAGCUAUAAUAGGAUUUGAUUUUGUAGUAAUGAGUUAUAAAAAACCGUUUAAGAAUCAAUCUAAACUAGAUAUUUUACUUUAUUAGGAUGUUUUUAAAAAUUGGCUAGAUGACAAAUUAUAUUCUACAGAACUCUUCCUCAAGAAAUAUAGAUAAGAUUGUCCUUCUGUGGUCAGAUAAUUUGGAAUAUUAGAUCCCCCACCAGGAAAUUCACUUUACAAAUUAGUUUAUUGUCUUGCUUACUUUUCUCUUGUUGCUGGGACAAAAUACCCAACACCUAAAGAUAAAGGGAAAAAGUUUAUUUAGCUAACAGUCUGUGGAAGUUUCAGCCCAUAAUCAGCAGCUGGCUUCAAGGCAGGAUGGCAUGGCACAGGGGCAAUAGUUUAAAGCAGCAGAAGCUGGCAAAAGCAACAAGAGCAAAAAGGGAGAGCAAGCAUCUUUUCCUCCCUUAUAUUAUAAGCAGGGUAACCCUCUUAUGGCUACUGUAGCACUCACACCAUUUCUUUACUCUCCUCUUACACAGGAUGAGGAUGUUUACAAAGUAAGAACCCUGGCCUCUUGGUGAAUCAUUUAGUUAAACUUCUAAACUUCUCAAGUUGACAUAGUGUGUCAACUAUUAUACCUAUGAAAAGUUCUGAGACAUCCUGUAUAAACUUUAUUUAACAUAGUCCUGACAGUGUAAGACACAUGCAUCUUUAAGGCAUCUAUUAGUGUUUCAUGAGACACAGGUGCUCUGCAGAGCAAGGUUCAGAAAAUACAAAACUGGAUGAUCAGUUCCAUUACUUUGCUGACCUAGUAUUUACACAAUGACUGCCUUUCCUACAAGAAGAGUAAGGUAUAGAACCUUUCCCUCUUUCAUCUAAAUGGGCAUAAUGGACCCAAGAGUGGCCCUACAGAACUUGAGAACCAACAUUGUUUCUGUUCAAGGUUUGUCUGUGCACCUCCUUAGGUUAAAUUGUUCUGUAUGUACGUGAACCAUUGUAGCAAGCAAGAUUAGGAGUGCAGAAGGUAGAGGAGCUUCAGAUCCUCUGGUGGGGGCAAACCUAUGGCACACCUGCUAUCGCAGGCUGUUAUUCUUGAAAGCACUAAAAAAUUCACCAUUACUGCCAUAGAAGGAGGCGCUGAACUACACAACCUGGAAGCUCUCUUGGUUCCCAGAAAGCUUAACCAUAGUUACGUUUGUGAUGUUGAUUCAUCUGAAUCAUGUGACCAAAGUCAGCCCAAUAACCAGAUUAAACAGUUCCAUGAUUCGGUUAUUUCAUUACAUUAAGGAAAAGCUAUUUGUUCUUCCUUCAGGGAAUGUAUUUGCCCUUCACUGGCUACUUGGCACCAUGCAUCUGAGGAACUGUAAUCAGGGUCAGAUAUUCUGUAUCUCAGGAAUUGGGGAACUUUGGUCCAUGUAUAAAUUGCUCAGUACUGCAGUAAAUCAUUUCACAUGUACCUGGAGCAGAGAGCCGAAUUUGUCCUCUCUUCUUUCCUCUCCAGUCCUCGCUAGGACCAAAGCAUUCUUUCUUGUUAUAUAUUUUGUUUUUUGCCUCAGGGAUACAGUGUCUUUCAGUAAUACAGAAUGCAGUGCUUUUGCUGCUUUCUAAUUUCCAUUUCUUCCAGUCCUCUAAGGAUUGUAGAUGGGUACGUGCAGUUUCCAAGCCCCAAGUGUAGUAUUUUUUUUCAUCUAAUUUAUGCAGAUGCCUCAGAAGAGAAAACUCAUCCUUUUGUCUUUUACUCAGAUUUUUGUAAUGAGCUUUGCAACACUAUUUUAUUUAAUGGAUGAAACACUCCUGAAUUACUUAUGAACAUAUUUUUGCUGAAUAAAUUUUCAUUAAUGACUUUCUAAAAAUUACUGUUAAUCCAGUUGGUAUCUCUUAUUAACAACUGGUGAUAAUUCUGUUUUCAAACAGUCCUUUAUAAACAGUUGCAGAUAAGAAGCACAUCAUGAGAGAAAUAUGAAUCCUCUUUCUGCAAGCCUACACAGUAUUGAUCUGUACUGUUUUAUGUAACCAAAGUUCAAGGUAUAAAAGCAUUCUCUAGUUUUUCUCCUUGCACUGAGAAGAGCCUUGGCAGCACUGUCCCUCAUCUGAGGAAACACAUACCAGAUUGGGGUGUGGUGGGGUGUUGUAUCCAGGCCUCCAAUCAUAGACCUAUUGUUAUGGAUUGUGAUUGUUCCUCCCCUGCCAUAUUGGGAAAAGAAACCUUGUGUCAUUAUCUUUUAUCUCGAUGCCCACUACAGUACUGUGAUAAAUGUUUGCUAUAAGAAUGACCAAGGCAUUUUGUCAAAUUAUGUCCAAGUCAACAGAGAUUAAUAAAUCUAGGGCUCACGGCACUUGAUUCUAAGGAGGUUAGACAGGAAGCAGAUGUAUAUAGUAACCCUAACCAGCUGCCUAGCAUUGCUGGGCUACUCCCCUUCUUUGUAUUGCCAUUUUUCCAUCUGGAAGAUGAGUGAUACAACUUUUCAUCUUUGUAAAUGACACUGUAAAGUUGUAGAGAAGCAAAGUGAGAGUGUGCAGAACCUUUAAGGGCAAGAUCAUGUAAGACUCAGUCACUGCUGCUUCUCUAGAGUGUCCAGUGUAUUCAGUUUGUUUAGAGGGUUUAUACUGAUGAGAGGAGGUUGGCUAUAUAGGGUGAGCCCAACCCACAAUCUGUCUUUUAUUGGGAAAUUUAGGGGAAUUUAUUCUGAAGAAUUUCCUCUCCUACCUACCCUUACCCCAAAUGAACACAGUUACAGCCAGAGACAGCUAGAGACCAAUGAGUGGACCUCUGGUGACCAUGCUGGGGAUAAUGUGGAAGUCACUAGGCAUAAGUGGUAUCUCCCCAGAUCCUGUCUGCUUUGCCUCAGUGAAACUUUGACUUAUUGCUUAGAUGCCAUUAAAAUUGUUGAGCGUACUGCAUAAAAGUUUGAAUUCCAUAAUCAAAUUUCCUGGGUUCACAUUCUAGCUUGCUCCUUUCUAAAUGUGUGACUUCAAACAGUUUCCUUAAUCUCUCUUUUUCCUGAAUUUUAUAGAUUUUUAAAAAUUUUAUUAGUACAUGUUUGUAGCUCAUACAGUUUAUAGUCAUCGUGAGGAGCGGUUCUAUGUACAUGUUACAGUUUAUUUUUUUUCUAAUCCCUUUCUUCCCCUUCUUCUCUCCUCUCUACUUCCUCUAUCAACUUUUAUAUACUUAUUUGUAUCAUUUGUCUGGAAUAGACCUAUUUGGAAAAUAAGCCCUAGCAUGAUUUUUCAGAAUAUCAUAGUAUAAGCCCUACUCCCCAAAAAGUCCAGAUCAUCAGCCAAGCAUAUGCAUUUAGUAUAUCCAUUGUAACACAUGACAGCCAUAUUGAAUUAUAAGAUAAUAAUAUAUAAUUAAAUAUAAAUAGAUAUUAUUGUCGUUAAUGCUUAAAAUAAAUAAAGUGCAAUUAUUUGUAAAUACUCAAGUAGACACCUUUUGACAAGAGUUAAAUGCCUAUAUAAACAAUGAACUGAAGAUUCAUUGCCCAAUGACCAAUCAGAGAACAGACACAAUGCAUGAAUAAUGUGCACACUUGAUCAUCAGUGAGCAUGGUUGGGUCCAAUAUGACUUUAUAAUUCAAUGCAUUAUAUAUUUUAACAGGCAUACUUAAUGCACUCAUGUGAAAUAAAGAAGUAUUUUCUGAAUUUGGUACCUGUAGCUUUUCAUCAGUCUUGUGUGGACCAUCAUUCAUAACUGUCAUCAUUUUUUGUUGCCAGACCUAUCUCACAAGUCUUCAAUUAAUACUUGAUUUAAUGGAAACUUUGUGAAGCCUAGCUUUUAAGAAGUCAUGAUUUGGGUGAAGAAUUCAGGGAUAAAAUUACUGAUAGCUCUGUGUUGCCAAUGCACUACAACAGGUUAUAUAGAUAAAAAGUGCUUGUUAUGGCUUGUAUCCAGAUAUCCCCCCAAAACCUCACAUGGUCGUCAGUGGGGCUUUUCCAAGGUGGCUAGAUCUACAGUUUGUGCUGCUGGGGACAUGAUGCUGAGAACGAUUUAUGGUGUGAUGCUAGAAAGGUGUGAGUGCUGGGUAAGAUAUAAGCGAUAGAAAAAGCUGUGGUCCUGUCCUGUCACUUGUUGCAUAUUACUCCUGCUGCCUGUCUUCUGUGCUACCCCUCUGCUAUGCCACCCUGUCUUGGAGCUGACCAACUAUGAACUGAAACCUCUACAAACUGGGAGCCAAACCUUUUCCUUUAAUUUUGAGUGUCAGGUAUGUUGUCUCAGCAACAAGAAAAGUAAUGAAAGACAGUGCUCCUUUAAGUAGAGCUCUGUUGCUGGACAUGCAGAGUUGGGGCCGAUUUUUCUAUAGAAAAUGGAGUCACAAAAAAAUUCAGUGAGAAUUCUGGGUUCAGAAUAUUAUAACUAUGUUCAAGAGGAAGAGGACAUGACUGUAUUUGAAUAAAUGUAGGUUUUUAUACAUGAAUAAAUGUAGCUUUUAUAGAUGAAUGUAGAUGGUUGUACAUAAAAAACAUAAGCUCUAGUGUUUUUUUUUUUUAAUCAUACUGGGAACUGACCUCACAACCUUGAGGUUGCCAGGCAGGCACUGUGCUGCUAAGCUAUAUUCCUGGCCUUAUUGUGUCUUUUGGAGCAAAAAUUAAUAUAAGACCUUAUUUUAUUUUUAGGAAAACAGUAGGAGGGUAAUUAUAGCAUCCAACUCAUAUCCUCUUAUGAGAAUUAAAUUAGCACAUGUAAAAUCAUGCUUGGCACAUAGUAAGUCCUCAAUAAUUUGAUCUAUUAAAUGUAUUUAUUAUACACUGAAAUUGAGUUAGGCACUGUAUAUGUCCCCAUUCUGUCAUCUGUCUAUAGGUUUGAAAUGAGAAUUUGGCUAACACUCAAUAUGCAGAGAAACAGGCCCAGUCCCACUGGAGCACAAGCCAUAUACUUUCUUUCUAAGUAACUAUUAGGUUUAAAUAUAGCUUAUUUUAUUUGAAAAUUAAACAAGAAGGAAAAAAACAGAUAAAUGAAAAAUUACUACAUAAUAAGGGAGAGACAACAGUGGUUCUUCAGUAGACCUUUAAAAAUUGUUUGCUAUAGGAAUUAAAAGAAAAAUUUAUAAAAGUUUGGCACCCCUGGCAGAAUACAAAAAGACAUGAAUUAGGAGUAGAAAUACUUAGAAUAUAUAAAGUCUAAAAUAUUAAACCUUUAAAAUAAAAGACCAAUCCAAAAAUGGGCAAUUGAAACAAAUAGACACAUCUUAAAAGAAGUACAAAUAUAUUGAGUACAUGAAAAAGUAUCUGAUAUCUUCAGUCGUUAAGAAAUGCCAAUCAGGACCAGACCCAAACCUCUCUCCAUGAGUUUGUGGCCUGUGGAAAGAGAGAACUAGGCCUCACCAGGAGGUGAUCCCCACAUGGAAGCCAGCUGCAUGCACGGGCCACUGCCCAAGUGGGGACAACCAGACCCAAGCCUCUCUCCGUGACUCAGCGCCAUUUGCAGACUGUGGAGAGAAAGAACAAGGCCUCUCCAGGAGCGAUCCCCCUGGAAACCAUAUCAUUUUCAUUAUUUUGUUCAGCUGGGUUUUAUUGUCUUUUGUUUUGUUUGAUUAUGUUAGAUCUGAAGACAUGAGCAGCUAUUUAAAGAUAACAAGAUGUAUUAUGGUAGCCAUUUUGGAUUUACUAUUGGCUUGUUUUGAAGUCCUUUAUUGUUUUGUUUUUAUUGUUUCUCUUCUAUUCUGUUCUGUUCAAUUUUUACUAUGUCCAAAGGUAUCUGCUGCUAUUUUGAAGACAACAAAAGGCCUUAUGGUAAUUAUUGUUGAUUUUGUAAGGUUUUGAAGUCCUGUAUCACUUACAUUGAUUAAUUUUUAUUAGUUUUAUUUUCCUUGGUUUUAUCCUCUUUAAAAAAGUUAUUAAAACCAAAUUUGUCACUUAAAAUAAAAGAUGUGUCAUAUAUAGCUACAAAUUCCCUAUGAUGGAUGUGAUUAUUAUGCAUAUCUGAAUUAUACCAACAAAUCUAGUUUAUUAAAAAAAGGGAAAGAAGGUAAAAAAAAGAAAUGCAAAUCAAAACAACAGUGAGAUUCCAUCUUAUUCUAGAAAUCAUCACUAUCCUCAAGAGCGCAAAAAAAAAGUCUGGCUAGGUUGUAAGAAAUAAAGGAAUCUUUCUACAUAGUUGAUGAGAAUGUAAGCUAGUACAGCCACUAUGGAACUCAGUGUGGUGAUUCUCCAGAAAACUAAAACUAAAGAUUCUAUUUGACCACUUAUAUUUCUUCUUAAAAGAUUUAAAGACACCAUAUUACAGUGGUACAUGCAUACCCAUGUUUUCAGAAGCACAAUCCAUAAUAGUUAAAAAUCUUGGAAUCAGUCUAUAUGUCCUUCAACAGAUGAAUGAAUAAAGAAAAUGUGAUGUGCUAUACCAUGGAGUACUACUUAGUCAUAAAGAAGGAUAAAUGUGAGGAAAAUAGAUACAUCUUGAGACUAUAACGCUGAGUGAAAUAAAUCAGAUUACAUGUUGCAAGGUUUAUCUUAAAGAAAUCCAAGGUACAGAUAGUUUAAAGAACAAAAUAAAAAAUAGAUUGUAGGAAACAGGGAGAUAGACUUGGCUGUGGAGAUGGGAGAGGAGGGAAAGUAAGGAGAAAGGGAAAUAAAGAAAGAUCUAGAUGCAAUAUGUUUAUGUACCAAUUUCCCAGGAUGAAUAUAUUUAUUAUGUAUUAUAAACAUACUAAUAAAAGAGAAGAGAAUGAAGUAAAAGUAAGAAAUCAUAAUAAAAAAGCAGGUUGAUAUGGAAGAAAGUAUCAGAUUAAAAAAGAGGAUGAUGGUAGAAAGAACAAUAAAGAACCUAAAUAUGUGAAGUCUGCAAUAAAGGUAAAACUUGUGGGACUAAUACAGUGGGGACCUGACUCAGUGGAGUGAACAUCGCCUUAGAAUACAGAAGGAAAAGACACAGAAGGGAAAGAAUGACGAGUGGUGGUGAGGGCUUGAAGGGCUUCUUUCUUUCAUCUUUUUCCUGUAGUUCAAUUGGUUGAUAGAUUGUAUGUGGUUUUUGCUGCCAAGAGAAUUUUGGACCUGCUACAUACAUAGGAUUUUCUUCUUUGGUCUCUUUGUUGACACCAGAAAAUGUGUUUCUUUUUUGACAUCCUCAUCCUUCACUUCAAAUGAAAUCUCUUUAUUUGGAGUGCUUCUGUUUCAGAACUGCCUAAGUGCAGCUUAGUUGUCUCCAAGAUUUGAGAACACUAUUAGAAGAGUUAGUAAACCAAAAUUUUUAUUCUAUAAACAGAGCCAGAAGAACAAUAUGACUAUUAUUUUUAUUACCAAGACACAUGAGAAAUGAUUGUCAUUGGACAUAUCCUUUAAAUUGAUAUUAAACAACCUAAGUCUAAAUAAAGCUCUAAUGGCAUAAAAGCUAUCAUCAAAAUCUUUUCUAUUGUCCUUAAGAACCUGAUCUUAGCCAGGCGUGGUGGCACACUGCUGUAAUCCCAGCACUCGGGAGGCUGAGGCAAGUGAAUCAUUGCAAGUUCAAGACCAGCCUGAGCUACAGAGUGAGCCCAGGGUCAGCCUGAACUACAUGGUGAGACCCUGUCUCAAAAAGACAAAAAAAAAAAAAAAAAAAAAAAAAAAAACCUGAUCUUAUUUUAAGUUUUUCAAAAUUAGCACAUGUAAUAUAUGACAAUAUAAACAAAACAAUCCACACCAAAACCCCCAAAUCCCAGGUUGCCAGGAGCUACACUGAAAUGCUAGCAAUGAUUAUCUCAGACAGGCACUAGAUUAGAUAGAUAUGUUGAUACAGAGUUAUUUUCUGUUUUAAAAUAUUUUAUACAAAAAUAUAUUUUCUAGAUUCAAUAGGCAAUAGGAAUCUUUUGGCUGUAAGAAACAGAAAAUUUUAUUUACAGUGGCUUAAAUAAAUAAAUUUUGGUUUUUUCCACAAACAGUAAGUGUGAGAUAUCCAGCACAGAUUUAGCGGCCUAUGAAUAACAGUUCCUACUUUUCUAUAUUUCACUUGAUUUUUCUCUCACUCUAGUCCCUUUUACCUCAUGGCUAGUCAAUCUCCAGACUUUAUGACAUUUUCAAAUCAGUAGAGAGGAGCUGCUACUUCUGUAUCCUUGUAUCAGAAAAGUGAAAGCUUUUCCACACUCCAAGAAAAUGUCUGCUUUUAUUGCAUUCAACAAGGAUGUCACCUGAUUAGUCCUAGCUGCAAGGGAGGCUAGGAAAGUGGAUAUAGUAUUUAACUUUAUAGCUCCAUCAGCAGAGGCAGGCAGGAGAGCAGAAGGAAGAUGAAAAUGAGUUUUGGCAGCUGAGGAUGUGGCCCAGCAUGUGUGAAGCCCUGCAUUUGAUUUCUCAGCACCAAAAAAAUAUUAAAUAAUAAUAAUGAUGAUAAAAGAAAUUGAAUGUUGGGUGAAUAAACCAUUGUUUCUUACUGUAAGAAUUUUCAAACGUAUUUACUACAUUUAUAAUUGAAAAAAUUAGAAUUAUUAUGUUUAAUUGUGAAUCUACUCUGCUACCUCAAUAAUGUAAAAAUAUAUACAACUAAAGGACUAAAAGAUAGCCACAAAAACAUGAGAAUUGUCUGUUCUGGAUCUGGAGAUUAUGACAUUAAUGUUCCCCCACUUGAUGGUGUAUAUGAUCAAAAGGAAGAAGAUUAGGUGAUUAUUUACAUGAAUGUGGAAGAAGUGGGUGGCAAGGAGAUGAGAGUGUAAGUGGACAGCCGUGGCAGGAUAGACUGACAGAUCAGCCUGCUCCUUGUUGAUAUAUUCUUGCUGGGUUGAGGUAUAUUAUGAACCAACAGAUGUUUGGGGAAGCUCAAGUUUAGGUGAUUUCUAUAGUGCCUGUAAGUCUAUAGCCUGAAAAGAGGUGAUAAAUAAGGUUUUAGAAUUCAAGUGGAUCACAAAGAGCUUUCUAGGAAAACAUGUUUCAGCAGCAUCUCUGACUGCAUGACUGAGCUGCCUCUAGAGCCUCCAACUUCCCAAGUAAAUCUCUCUCAAACAGAAAGAGGAGAAAAACCAAAGCAGUAAAUGCAUUCACAGUUUCAGCUCCACUUUGGGCUUUUCCAUGUUUUUGAAAUUGCCAUAACCAAAAGCCCAUGUACUAAUAGAAAAACGAGCAGAAUAUAUGAAUCACUUGUUUUGAUAGCAUUACACUUAAUCUAGCUAGAACACUUCACACAAUCAUACUUUGAAUUCUCAAUCCAGUGUGAAUUUUUAAAAUGAAGCUUUGCAGACCUGAUUGCCUUAGAAAAGUAGGUUUCAUAAUUUGCUCUCCAGCCUUGCUAGAAAAUCCAUUUGACUUUGCAAUUGAAUUUGCAAAAUAAAAUCAUUUUGAAGGCCCUUCUUUCUGGCCAGCUCUUCCCUUUCCUAUCCACUUCUAGGGCUCCCUGUUGUUCUGGGCAGAACAUACUGUUCUCUCAUCCUGUCUCGCCAAAGGGAUUAUGUUGCUUGGGGCUGGGCUUUGUCCUCACUCAUACUGUGUGACUGGCUAGAUUCUGCAACUUUUACUCAGUCUCUUAGAGGGGCACAGUAACCCAGAAAAAAGUGCUGCACCAGAAAAAAGGCAGUGGGCGGUAGGUUCAAGUCCUAGAUUUGCAGGUGAAUGAACCUAUCACCUCUGGGAGACCCAGUCAGCCUGCGUUUGUCCCAGAAUGAAAUGCAGUGACAGAGGUCCAAGGACUCUGAAAAAAGAUGAUCAACAUAAAUAUUAGAUCUAAUUCAGCUUAACAACACAACAAAUAUUUCUGGAAACAGUGAGUUUCAGAUUAUCUGAUGUAUAUCCAGCAGGCACUUGGAUUUAUAAGGAAUCAUACACCAGAUGAAAGGUGAUUAUGAUACAGCACUGAAACUCCACAAGACUCACCUGUGCAUUGCCCAGGAACUCAGCGACUAUGCUGCCCAGGGUCGAGCCUAUGGGAACAUGGGAAAUGCCUACAACGCACUGGGCAUGUAUGACCAGGCGGUCAAGUACCACCGACAGGAGUUGCAGAUCUCCAUGGAGGUUAAUGACCGUGCCUCACAAGCAUCUACACAUGGGAAUCUUGCAGUGGCGUACCAGGCCCUGGGUGCCCAUGACCGGGCCCUGCAGCACUAUCAGAACCACUUGAACAUUGCCCGGGAGCUUCGAGACAUCCAAAGCGAGGCCCGGGCCCUCAGCAACCUGGGAAACUUCCACUGCUCUAGGGGAGAGUAUGACCAGGCUGCUCCCUAUUAUGAACAGUAUCUCCAGCUGGCUCCUGACCUUCAAGACAUGGAAGGAGAGGGGAAGGUCUGCCACAAUCUUGGCUAUGCCCAUUAUUGCCUUGGAAAUUAUCAGGAGGCAGUAAAGUACUAUGAGCAGGAUCUGGCCCUGGCCAAAGACCUUCAUGAUAAAUUGAGCCAAGCAAAAGCCUACUGCAACUUAGGCCUAGCAUUCAAGGCUCUGCUGAAUUUCAGCAAAGCUGAAGAGUGUCAGAAGUACCUGUUAUCCCUAGCUCAGUCCCUGAAUAAUUCCCAGGCUAAAUUUCGAGCCCUAGGGAACUUAGGUGAUAUAUUCAUUUGUAAAAAAGAUAUAAAUGGUGCAAUAAAAUUCUAUGAGCAGCAGCUGAGCUUAGCUCACCACGUAAAGGACAGAAGACUGGAGGCCAGUGCAUAUGCAGCACUGGGCACGGCAUACCGAAUGAUCCAGAAGUAUGACAAGGCCUUAGGUUAUCACACACAGGAACUAGAGGUAUAUCAGGAGCUGAGUGACUUGCCAGGUGAAUGCAGAGCUCAUGGGCACCUGGCUGCUGUCUACAUGGCCCUGGGAAAAUACACAAUGGCAUUCAAGUGCUACGAAGAGCAGCUAGACCUGGGGCAGAAGCUGAAGGAUCCAAGUCUAGAAGCACAGGUCUAUGGCAACAUGGGUAUCACAAAGAUGAAUAUGAACGUGAUGGAAGAAGCCAUUGGCUAUUUUGAGCAGCAGUUGGCCAUGCUACAGCAGCUCAGUGGGAAUGAGUCAGUGCUCGACAGAGGCCGGGCCUAUGGCAACCUUGGGGAUUGCUAUGAGGCCCUGGGUGACUAUGAGGAAGCCAUCAAAUACUAUGAGCAGUAUUUAUCUGUUGCCCAGAGUCUGAAUCGUAUGCAAGACCAAGCCAAGGCUUACCGGGGUCUAGGAAAUGGACACAGGGCAAUGGGGAGCUUGCAGCAAGCCCUUGUGUGCUUUGAAAAGAGGCUUGUGGUCACCCAUGAACUUGGGGAGGCCUUCAAUAAAGCCCAGGCCUAUGGAGAGCUGGGAAGUCUGCACAGCCAAUUAGGGAAUUAUGAACAAGCCAUUUCCUGCCUUGAACGCCAGCUGAACAUUGCUAGAGAGAUGAAAGACCGAGCCUUGGAGAGUGAUGCAGCCUGUGGCUUGGGGGGCGUCUACCAGCAGAUGGGGGAGUAUGAUACAGCCCUGCAGUACCACCAGCUUGAUCUGCAGAUAGCCGAGGAAACUAAUAACCCUACGUGCCAGGGGCGAGCCUAUGGGAACCUGGGCCUGACAUAUGAGUCCCUGGGCACCUUUGAAAGGGCUGUGGUCUACCAAGAACAGCACUUGAGCAUCGCUGCACAGAUGAACGACUUAGUGGCCAAGACAGUGUCCUAUAGUAGCCUUGGAAGGACCCAUCAUGCCUUGCAGAACUAUUCCCAGGCGGUCAUGUACUUACAGGAAGGAUUAAGGUUAGCUGAGCAACUAGGCCGAAGAGAAGAUGAAGCAAAAAUUCGCCAUGGUCUUGGCCUAUCCCUUUGGGCAAGUGGAAACCUGGAGGAGGCCCAACACCAGCUCUACAGGGCAUCAGCCUUGUUUGAAACAAUCCGGCACGAGGCACAGCUGAGCACAGACUACAAGCUCUCCCUCUUUGACCUGCAGACUUCAUCCUACCAGGCCUUGCAGCGGGUGCUGGUCAGCCUGGGCCACCUUGAUGAAGCCCUAGCUGUGGCAGAAAGAGGUCGGACAAGGGCAUUUGCUGACCUGCUGGUGGAACGACAAACAGGACAACAGGACUCGGACCCCUACUCCCCAGUUACCAUCGAUCAGAUCUUAGAGAUGGUUAAUGGCCAGCGAGGACUUGUGCUUUACUACUCUUUGGCUGCAGGGUACCUGUAUAGUUGGCUGCUUGCUCCUGGCGCAGGCAUCCUGAAGUUUCACGAGUACUACCUGGGUGACAACGCGGUGGAGAGCUCCAGUGACUUCCAGGCUGGGAGCAGUGCCACGCUGCCAACAGCAACCAGUUCGGUUCUGGAGCAGCACAUUACCAGUGUGCGUGAGGCCCUGGGUGUGGAGUCUUACUACUCCAGGGCCUGUGCCAGCAGUGAAACAGAGAGUGAAGCCGGAGACAUCAUGGACCAGCAGUUUGAAGAGAUGAACAACAAACUUAACUCCGUUACCGACCCCACUGGCUUUCUGCGAAUGGUCCGCCGCAAUAACCUCCUUAACAGGAGCUGCCAGAGCAUGACGAGCUUGUUCAGUAACACCAUGUCACCCAUCAAGGACGGCACUUCAUCUCUGCCCCGGAGGCAGAGCUCCUUUGCCAAGCCCCCACUCCGUGCUCUGUAUGACCUGCUCAUUGCACCCAUGGAAGGGGGCCUGAUGCACUCCAGUGGCCCUGUGGGCCGACACCGGCAACUGGUACUGGUUCUGGAGGGGGAACUCUACCUCAUCCCCUUUGCCCUCCUGAAGGGCAGCUCCUCCAACGAGUACCUGUAUGAACGCUUCACCCUCAUCGCCGUGCCUGCCAUCCGCUCACUUGGCCCAUACUCAAAGGGUCACCUGAGGAAGAGCCCACCCUCAUACUCCAGCUCUACAUCCAUGGCAGCUGUCAUCGGCAAUCCCAAGCUCCCAUCAGCAGUGAUGGACAGAUGGCUGUGGGGGCCCAUGCCAUCCGCUGAGGAGGAAGCCUAUAUGGUGUCUGAGCUACUGGGCUGCCAGCCAUUGGUGGGCAGUGUGGCCACCAAGGAGAGGGUCAUGAGUGCUCUGACCCAGGCUGAGUGUGUCCACUUCGCCACCCAUAUCUCCUGGAAAUUGUCAGCCUUGGUCCUCACACCCAGUGUGGAUGGCAACCCUGCCAGCAGCAAGAGCUCCUUCGGCCACCCUUACACAAUACCUGAGUCCCUGCGCGUACAGGACGAUGCCAGUGAUGGCGAGAGUAUCUCAGACUGCCCGCCUCUGCGGGAGCUGCUGCUCACAGCCGCUGACCUCCUGGACCUGCGGCUGCCCGUGAAGCUCGUGGUACUUGGCUCCUCCCAGGAGGCCAACAGCAGGGUCACCGCAGAUGGGGUGGUGGCACUGACACGAGCCUUCCUGGCUGCUGGCGCACAGUGUGUCCUUGUGUCUCUGUGGCCAGUGCCAGUGGCGGCUUCCAAGAUGUUCAUCCACGCCUUCUACUCAUCUCUGCUGAAUGGCCUGAAGGCCAGUGCUGCUCUGGGAGAGGCCAUGAAGGUAGUGCAGAGCAGCAAGGCCUUCUCACACCCCUCCAACUGGGCAGGGUUCCUUCUCAUUGGAAGUGAUGUGAAGCUGAACAGUCCCUCCUCACUCAUUGGCCAGGCCCUCACGGAGAUCCUACAGCAUCCAGAGCAUGCACGGGAUGCCCUGCGAGUACUGCUGCACCUGGUGGAGAAAUCCCUACAGCGUAUCCAGAAUGGGCAGCGCAAUGCCAUGUACACCUCCCAGCAGAGUGUGGAGAACAAAGUGGGCGGCAUCCCUGGCUGGCAGGCCCUCCUCACUGCUGUGGGCUUCCGGCUGGACCCCCCAGCCAGCGGCCUGCCGGCAGCUGUCUUCUUCCCGACUUCCGACCCAGGCGACCGGCUCCAGCAGUGCAGCAGCACGCUCCAGUCCCUGCUGGGUCUGCCCAAUCCUGCCCUUCAGGCCCUGUGCAAACUCAUCACUGCUUCUGAGACAGGCGAGCAGCUCAUCAGCCGGGCUGUUAAAAAUAUGGUGGGAAUGCUCCACCAGGUGCUGGUCCAGCUGCAGGCUGGUGAGAAGGAGCAAGACUUCACUUCGGCUCCCAUUCAGGUCUCCAUCAGCGUCCAGUUAUGGCGGCUCCCAGGAUGCCACGAGUUCCUGGCAGCUCUUGGUUUUGAUCUCUGUGAAGUGGGUCAGGAGGAAGUUAUCCUGAAAACUGGGAAACAAGCGAGUCGGCGCACCAUGCACUUUGCGCUCCAGUCCCUGCUGUCUCUUUUUGAUUCCACAGAGCUCCCCAAGCGCCUCAGCCUGGACAGUUCAUCCUCUCUGGAGUCGCUGGCAUCAGCCCAGUCUGUCUCCAAUGCUCUGCCCCUGGGCUACCAGCAUCCACCCUUCUCACCCACUGGUGCCGAAAGCAUUGCCUCUGAUGCCAUCUCUGUGUACAGUCUGAGCUCCAUUGCCUCCUCCAUGAGCUUUGUCUCCAAGCCUGAGAUGGGGUCAGAAGCUGGAGGCCCCAGAGGACGGCAGGACUACGACAGGCCCAAGAAUACCUUCCCCCAGCAAUCAACCCUACCUCGGACCCAGCUAUCCCCGCAGACUCGUCCUGCUGACAGCAAAGAAGAGGAGGAAUACGAGGGCUUCUCCAUCAUCAGCACAGAGCCCCUGGCAGCCUACCAGGAGAGCAAAAAGACGCGCUUCUCCCCAGACCACAGGCAGCCCCACGCUGGGGCAGCUGCAGGUGUGAAGGUUUCGGUCAGUUCCAAGGGCAGCGUGAGCACUCCAAAUUCCCCAGUGAAGAUGACUCUGAUCCCAAGCCCAAACUCGCCCUUCCAGAAGGUAGGGAAGUUAGCAAGCUCAGACACGGGUGAGUCGGACCAGUCCAGCACCGAGACAGACAGCACAGUGAAGUCCCAAGAAGAAAGCAAUCCAAAGCUAGAUCCCCAGGAGCUGGCUCAGAAAAUCCUAGAGGAGACGCAGAGUCACUUGAUUGCAGUAGAGCGUCUUCAGAGGAGUGGCAGUCAGGUGGGCAAGAGUCAUAAUCGGGAAGAUGGUGUGUCAGUGCCAAAUAGCAGUGCCACUGUCUUCAGGGCAUCAGAAACAAGCGCCUUCAGCAGGCCUGUGCUAUCCCACCAGAAAAGUCAGCCAUCCCCAGUCACUGUCAAACCAAAGCCCCCAGCCAGGAGCUCAUCUCUGCCCAAGGUGAGCUCUGGGUACAGCAGCCCUACCACUUCAGAGGCAUCCCUCAAAGACAGUCCAAACCAGCACAGUGGCCGCCCGUCCCCCAGCUGUGACUCCCAGGCCUCCUUGUCUGAUCAACCGCUCUUUAAACUGAAGUAUCCCAGCUCUCCUUACAGUGCACACAUUUCCAAGUCACCACGGAACAUGUCGCCAAGCUCAGGCCACCAAUCCCCUGCUGGUAGUGCCCCAUCCCCUGCACUCUCCUACUCCUCAGCGGGUUCUGCACGCUCAAGUCCAGCUGAUGCUCCUGACCUGGACAAGCUUAAGCUGGCAGCCAUCGACGAGAAGGUACAGGCCGUGCACAACCUGAAGAUGUUCUGGCAGAACACAGCCCCACAUGCCACAGGUCCUGUGAAACCAGCACGUGCGCCACCAGGAACCAUGACCUCCAAGAGAGAUGUGCUCAGCCUGCUAAACCUGUCACCUCGGCACAACAAGAAGGAGGAAGAGGCAGAUAAGCUGGAACUUCAGGAGCUGUCUGUGCAGCGGCGGGACGAGGGCCCCCCCAGAGCCCCUCCUAAUGGCCAUUGGCGCACCGAGACUACAGCUUUGGGCCCGCUGCUGCCCACCAGCCCUCUCGCCCUGGCACCUGAACGCCCCCUAAGACUCCCUUCUGCUAAUGGCUACAAGUUCCUCUCCCCGGGAAGGUUUUUCCCUUCUUCCAAAUGCUAAAGCAUCUUUCUGCCCAUUGACUCGUGCACAGCAGCAUGAACAGGGUCCUGAGGUCCCUUGGGCUGCCCCUCGUCUAGAGCAGUCACCCCACACAGCCACCAGCACCACCUCACCAGGGUGGGCUCUCUGGGCGAGGGGCUUUCCCACACCCCCAACCCCAUAUGCUCACAUGGGGCUCCUCUGGACCAGAUUCACCCAAAGCCAGGACUUCUGUGGGGUUGGUACAGGAGGCUCACAGCGUUGUCUACACUCUUCACCAAAUGUUUACCUGGAACCCCCUGUUUCUCAUCUUCGAUGUGAUUCUUCAACAGGAUUUUGUACAAAAAAUGGUCAUGGUUCUAGGAUGGGAGAGGAAAGGGAGCACAUAUUUUGCUAAGAGGUCUAUAUGCAGUACCUUUUUUACACAGAAGUACAAAUAGAGCUUUUCUAAGGCUUUCAGGUGCUGGUUGGGGGUGGGAUAUAGAAAAUUUAAGUUGAAUUCUACACGCAAAUGUUAUAUUAGCCAAAAACAGAAUAAUGGUUUUUAAAAUGCCAAUGAUUUAUAAUUAAAUUGUAGCAAUUUUGGUCUCGUGAUAUUGUAACAUCCCAGCAACAAUGCAAUAACUCACACUGAAACAGUGCUUCCAGCCUGAACUGCUCCACUCCAUCAAACUCUGGGCCCUUCUAUCAGCCAAACUUGAAUUUUCUUAAAAAGUUUAUGUAACUCUUAUCCAGGCAUUUUAGAACUAUGCAAUUGUGAUUUAAAAUGCAACUUUGUGCUUUUAAAACAUUACUGACCUUUUUUGUACAUGGAUAAACAACUUGGUUUUAGUAUCAAUAGUACUUUGCAUUUAUAGCCAUUAUUUUUAAAAGCUCAGAAAGUUUUUUAAAGUAUCAAAUUUUGAAUAGUCAUACAUCAUAAGCGAUUAUCAAGUUUGAGGGGAAAGGUUAAAAUUGUUCAGUUUGCUUAUUAAGGGAAAAAAUAUUUUAAAAAAUUUAAAAGUUAAAAAAAAAAAAUCACUCCUCUGGCUAACCAGAUUCAACCAGAACCUCUCCUUCCACCCCCCAUUCCCUUGUAUUAGCUGCUUAAUUGUGUUCUCUUCUCCUAAAUCCAGGCCCUGCGGACCUCUUCUAUCUCAGUCCAGUGCCAGGUUCCCGCAGUCCCAGAGCCUGUGCCACAGUGAGCUGCCUCAGCCGCUGCAGAAGACUCCUGUCUGUGUCCUAAAGAGCAGGGCUCCUGUGGCUGGCAUGUACCCAAACUGGCAAAUUAGAGAAGUCGAUGUGAACCAUAAAAAAUGAAGCUGGGCUUUCUUUCCUACAGCUGUGAUGGCAUACUUAAGGACCAGCUCAGACCAGACAAGGGAAUAGUUUAGGUAGGGGUAACCAUUAAUUUACUUAAACUAAAGAAAUGAAAUGUUGAAAAUCAUAUUAGUACUAAGUUUGGUUGGAAAAUUCAUUCUCCAGCUAAACUUCCUUCUCUCAUCCUCCAUCCUCACUUUGAAGGUGUGUCACACAAGGGUGUAUCAGCAGCAUACAGAGGGGACAUGCGGGCCUGCAGGAGAGACACGAACAUCAAGACCCCCAGGUACCCCUAGCUCCACUUUGUACGAUAUACUGCCCACUUCACCUGUUCCUUAAUAUACUCUGCUGAAGAAAGAAUAUCUACAAGUUUGUGCUAUUCUCAUGAGCUAAGUCAUAGAGAGUUUUGCAUUUAACCCAACAACCAUGUUCAUAAACACAAACAAUAGGGAUGGCACAUUCUAACCCUGAUCCCAACACUGGAAGAGAAAUACUUUAUAAAGCAUUAAGCAAUUUUGAAGAUGUUUGUAUGUUAGUGAAAAUUAGUAAUGAAAGUACCAGUGUGGCAAAGGAAAGUCAAGUUUAUAGCACUGUGCAUUUUGAUAACGAAAUCAGGUCCUCAACAACAAAGAAUACACCUCAAAGCCAACAUGUAACCCAUGUGUAGAUGGUGGGUGUCCCUUCCUGGCACAUCUGCCCAGCCUCUUUCCCAAGUGCCCCGGAGCCCCAUAGGAAAGCCCAGCUCUGUGCCCUAUCUGUGGGCACUGCUUCACUUGCUUACCAUGAGCAGAUCCCUCCACUCCAGCCCUCCUCCUGUGGUGAUCGAGCCACCUAGUAGGACUUCUGGAGUGACCUGGCUUUAUCCCAAGUACAUUGUUAUUUUAGGUUUCAGCCUCAAGAGCCAAACAAAGUUGUUUUCAUUGUUCUAGACAUAAAUUCCAGUGUAGGAAUAACAAAGUUGUUAAAAUAAUGUGAUCAAUCUAAAGAUCACCAGAAUCAUUGUUUUAUGUUUACUGUCUGUCAGUCUUGGUGUUUCUGUAAGAGUGAAAUGUAUAUAAAAGUCCUCAAAUCAAAGUAAAUUUUUCAGGCUACACUGAAAAAAUUAUGCACUUAAAAAUUUUGCAAGAUUGUAUAAUUCAUACAGAUUUUUUUGUAUAAGGGGUUGGCAACUAUGACCCAUAAGCUAAAUCUGGUAAGCCAUCCGGUUUUUAUGGCCAUAAGGUUAGAUUUUACCUUUUUAAAUGGUUAUGGAAGUAUCUACGUAGUAAUCUUGAUUUUGCCUCUUAGCCCACAAAAUCUAAAGUAAUGGAGUACAAACCUUUUUUUUUUUUUUUCUUUUUUCCUUUUUAAUGGUACUGAGGAUGGAGCCUCGGCCUCAUGCAUGCUAGGUAUGUGUUCUGUCAUUGAGCUACAUCCCCAGCCCUUUUUAGUGUCUAUUUUGAGACAGGGUCUCACUAAAUUGUCCAGGCUGGCCUCGACCUUGAGAUCCUUGCCUUAGCCUCCUGAGUAGCUGGGAUUUCAGCAGCAGGCCAUUGUAUCUGGCUAAUACCUGGCCUUUUAAGAGAAAAUUUGCUGACUCCUGGUGUAGAUGAUAGGCGACGCAAUUGGAAUAAUGUUUUGUUUCUGAAACCCAGGACAAAUGAGUGUCAGGAAGUGGAUUAAGACUGACGAGCAUGAUGGGACCCUGAGCACAAAAGGGCCACAUAAACGUCUGCUUAGCCACCGGCUCUUCCUCUCUCGUAGGAAGAGUAAUGGAUGUGGAAAAUUUACAAAACAGUUAUUUUUUGCUUCCCAUUUGCAGAUAGCAUUGAAUCUGUUUCUUUUUAACUCAGGAGCCAAAGCCCUGCCCUACAGUAUUUCCAUCAGAUGCAAACAAAUACACUGAAGAUAAGCAAUAAAAUCUUCCUCUCCUAGAAACCUUGGUAGGACCAUAAAGGAAGUUGUAGACUGUCUUGCUUCUCCCUAGUGAAUUUCAAACUCCUUUGAUGUUUUUGACCAAGUCAAAGUACCACAGGAAAAUUAGCUACUAAAACUUAAAAUCUGAUCCACUUUUGUGUGCAGAAAAUGAAUUAUUUUUCACCUCCAAUUCAUUUUUUAAAAAUUCACAGUCCACUCUGAUGGGAGCGAGGUGCUGCCCACCUGGUCCUGACCCACUGUCAUCUGCCCCAGGGGCCCUCCAGUGGGCAAGUACCCUGUGUGCCCUGUAGCUCUGCUAGUUUUGGUUCAAGUUGGACAAAUAUGCAAUAAUCUGGUUUGUGUUAGUAAGCAGGCGAAAGGUAAAGCUGUGUAAUUUUGCUCACAUGUUGUGUUGUUUCAUCUGACCCCACUGUCCAUGUAGUGUGUAUCCAGGCCCUCGACUGUGCCAGACCCCUCCGCGGUAUCCCCGUCUGCUCCCAGCCCCGCCCUCCGCCCGCCGCAGCCUUCCCCACUUGCCACUCACGCUCUUAAAUACAGUGUUAGCCAUCUUUGGCCUACAUGGACUGUUUUUGUAAAUUACACAGUUUCCAGACGGCGUUAAACUUUUUAUAUUACAAAAUUUGCCAUGUAAAAAGAACUUCAUAUUUUUAUUGAGACUGCUAAGGCACUUGGCCUUCUUCCUUUGUGAUUUCGGUGUCUAUUAAAGCAUGAGUUCCCUUGGUUUUAA